AUGGAAAGCAAGCAUGGGAACGAUUUUGUCACAAUCAAAAUGUUGUUCGUUCUUGCUGCGGUGUUCUUCCCUCUGGUGGAAACUAACGCUAAAUUUUUACUGAAGCCUAUUGCCACUAAUUCGAUGAAAGAUAAUUUCCUCUUCAAGAUCGACAAUGCGAAAUGGAGGAAACAUGUGUCAGAAAAGGCUGAAAAAGUCCUCUUUAGCAGAGUGAAGUAUAAAAACUACACCGGAGUAGCGGCUGGAAGGUCAUUCAAGGAGUUUGAUCAUUCAUCGUUGUCGUCCAAAUUUCUCGGGACUCUUGAGCUCCUCACGUCUCAGUUCAAAUGGGUUCGGAAGCUCCCUAAAGACACGAAAUUUGGAUGCACCUGCAGUAACGAAUCAGAUGAUUUUGCUAUGAAAGUACGGAACGAAUUCAGUGAAUUUCUUCUGCAGCUCCGCUCUAAUCGGAAUGGAAUUUUCGAAUAA